GAACAACACCAGAGGGAAAAACCCCCUUUUGUACAUACCUGGCCGGCUAGUUCAUAUUUAAUAACAUUUUUCUGCGAUAAUUUUGUUGUUUAUGAAGUUUGCCGACGACAGCAGGUUUAUCAGAGUAAUCGGAUCAAACUGCUAUUUGAAAACGAAAUAAAGUGAAUAAAAUGGUCUUUAAAUGCCAAGAAGACAGUUUUCUUAAAACCUUUAGCACCGUAGUCAAAUCGUGCAAACCAGUUGAAGUGCAAAUUGAUGGAAAAGCUAAGAAAUGCUUCGAGGUUGUGCUGGAAGACACCAUUAUUUUUCCUGAAGGUGGAGGCCAGCCAAGCGACAUUGGUUACAUUGACCAAAUGAAAGUCCUGAAAAUGUGCAGAAGAGGUGCCGAAGCCGUCCAUUACAUGGACUGCUCCUUCAGGGAAGGCAACACCGCUUCCCUCGAAAUCGAUUGGGAAACGAGAUUCGACCACAUGCAGCAACAUUCUUCCCAACACUUGAUCUCGGCCAAGCUGCAACAAAUUUACAAAUUUCCCACAACCUCUUGGUCACUGAACAAGGAUGACACCAUGGUUGAAUUUGAUAUUUCCAACACCCCGAAGAUUGAUUUACUCCGACUUUUGUCUCAAUUGGAGCUGGCAGUGAAUGAGGAGAUCAAAAAUAAUUCUCCUGUCAAAGUGACUCUUUUUGAGCCCGGUGACCCUGGCCUUCAAAAGGCUGUAACCCGAGGUCUUCCAGCCGACCACACUGGACCCAUCAGGGUGGUAUCGAUGGUCGGGGACGAGAACAUGUGCUGCGGAACACACAUUGACACUCUUUCUCGGCUUCAAAUGGUUAAAAUUGUCUCUAUAGCCCCUGUAAAAAAGAAAGUGCAACUGCGUUUUGUGGCCGGAGAUCGAGUGUUGAAGGAUUUCAAUGUUCGGCUUGCAAGGGAGCGCAAUUUGUCCAAAUUGCUCCAAAAUGGAGCAGCUGAUCAUGAAGUUGUUGUUUCGAAUUUGUUGAAAAAUAGCAAGCUGCUAGAAAAGAAUUUAAAAGAAUGCUCAUUGGAAGUGGCGUCACUGAUGGCCAGGGAAGUGAAAGAGCAGAAUCCACCACCAAAAUUCAUCUGUGUGCACAGGAAAGAAGAUGCAAAUGGUUUUGCGAGAGUCUUUCUGUCUGAAGUUGGCAAGGACGUCAUCAAACUUCUGACUUGGGGAGAUGAAAAAGGUGCUGGGCAGAUGAUUUUCGAAGGGCCGGAAGAUGUUGUUGCUGACUUGGGACCCAAGAUUUGCGAAAUUCUUGGAGGCAAAGGCGCUGCUAGGGGCGGCAGAUUUCAAGGAGCGGUCAGCGCACUUAAAAACAGGCCCAAAGCCACGCAAUUGUUAAGCGAACACUUUGAGCUUGUGCAGAAAUAAAUUUAUUUAAUUAU